UUGAAGUAAUGGUGAAGGACGUUGAGGUUGCUGAGCGUGGAUCCUUCUCAGGAAAGGACUACCAAGACCCUCCACCAGCACCACUCAUUGAUGCUGAGGAGCUAACUAAGUGGUCCUUCUACAGAGCCUUGAUUGCUGAGUUCAUAGCCACCCUCCUCUUUCUCUACAUAACUGUUCUCACUGUCAUUGGCUACAAGAGCCAGACUGACACCACCGCCAACGGUGAUGUCUGCGGCGGCGUUGGCAUUCUUGGCAUCGCUUGGGCCUUUGGUGGCAUGAUCUUCAUCCUUGUUUACUGCACUGCUGGAAUCUCAGGGGGUCACAUUAACCCAGCUGUGACAUUUGGGUUGUUCUUGGCAAGGAAGGUGUCUCUGAUCAGAGCCAUAUUGUACAUGGUGGCUCAGUGCUUAGGUGCUAUCUGUGGAGUUGGCUUGGUCAAGGCCUUCCAGAAAUCUCUCUACACCAGGUAUGGUGGUGGUGCUAAUUCACUCAAUGAUGGUUACAGCACUGGCACUGGUUUGGGUGCUGAGAUCAUUGGAACCUUUGUUUUGGUCUACACUGUCUUCUCUGCCACUGACCCUAAGAGGAGCGCCAGAGAUUCUCAUGUUCCGGUUCUGGCUCCACUUCCAAUUGGAUUUGCUGUGUUCAUGGUUCACUUGGCCACCAUCCCAGUCACUGGAACUGGCAUUAACCCUGCAAGGAGUUUUGGAGCUGCUGUUAUCUUCAACAAAGACAAGCCCUGGGAUGACCAUUGGAUCUUUUGGGUAGGACCAUUCAUUGGGGCAGCCAUUGCAGCCUUCUACCACCAAUUCAUCUUGAGGGCAGGUGCAGUUAAGGCUCUUGGAUCAUUCAGGAGCAAUCCCAAUGUCUAAUGAGCUAAUCUUAAUUAGUGCAAGUUAAACAAGAUUAUUGAGUUGAUGAUGAUGAUGAUGGUUGCUACUUGCUAAUGUAAAAUAAUGUGAAGUGGUUGUGCUUGUUCCAUUGCAUGGUCCAAGGUUUCUUUGAACUUUCUCAACUGCAUUCUCUUCAAGGAUAACACAGGGUGUAGGGUGGGGGUUUGAAGAUGGUGGAUCAUUGUAGAUUCAAGUCUCUUUUCAAGACAAUUAAGGGAGUCUUUUGUAAAAUCCCUUUUGUCUUUGCACAAACACUUUACUCUGUGUGUUGUUUUCUUUUCUUGGUUAUUUUCCUUGUACUCUAUUCUAUGUUAAUGAAAGAAUAUUUUAAGAAAAAUCAAGGUUUA